AUGAAUGCCCGUGGUUGCUGUGCCAGUGCCCUGUAUACCCAUCUUCACAUUCCUCGGAUUGCUUCCUCGUUUCUCUCUUCCUCAUAUCUCGGAUUUCUCUCUUCCCUGGUCUCAAUCAACCAACCAUCCUCGUACGCCUCUUCUUCCUCUCCCUCUUCUGUAUCCUUCUCUUCCACCUCACCUUCCCCUUCUGCUCCCCUUCUCGUUGACUCCUUAUUCUUCUCCUCCGCCAGCCCGUGUCUAUCCCCUUCUGCUCCCCCAUCCGUAUACCCAUUCUUCUCAACAACCCCUCACAUCUUCGCUCAAGACCUCUCUCACAACUACCUCACAAGCCGCGCAGUGAAGCUCCUUGCUGCGCGAACCCUAUAUCUCUCCAGCAACUUCCUCUCGGGCCCUCUGCCCGACGGGGCAUGCCAGCCUCACUCUUUUGAUGCCAACUGCUUCACGUUGCCGCUUGGCUGUGCCUUGGUGCCCCAGCGACAGGAGGCAGCAUGCAAUGCAUUAUGUGGCGUCUCCUCUGCUGCUGGUGCUGCUGCUGCUGCUGCGUGUGGAGGACAUGGGGUGUGCUAUCCAGAGGGGGCUAGCUUGGCACCCACAUGCCAGAACAAAAACUACUCAAGCAGUCAAGCGGUUCUCCCACCAGCAUCUAUACUCACCAGGGGGGGGCAGCGCGAGACGAAGGGGAACUUCACCGCAGAGCCGGUGAAGUUGUUUGUGUACGAGGCAAACCAGGGACUGUCGCGGUGUGGGCUGCAGCUCGCCUUUCACGCCAACUUUACCUUCUCCCUCUUGCCUCGAUCUGGCCACGUGGGCUUCAACGGCUUAGCGUUUGUCAUCUCAGCAACGGACCAGGUGGGGAGUGGCGCUGGGGUGGGGUAUGGUGGAAUGGACACACGGAGCAUGGCGGUGGAGUUUGACACUCUGCAGAACAAGGAGCAUGGCGACAUGAGCAGCCACCAUGUCGGGCUGAACGUUCGAGGCGAAGACAGAUCGCUAGUCGCUGUGAGGUCACCCUUCCGUCUGAGCAACAGGAAGGCGUACACGGCGUGGGUGGACUAUGAGCCAGGAGACCCCGGCACCAUCCAGGUCUUCCUGGCUGACUCGCAGGAGAAGCCGCAGCAAGCGGUGCUGGAGUGGAGGCUGGCGCUGUGUGAGGUGCUGCAGGGUGCAGUUGAUCAGCCCGCCUUCUUCUUUGGCUUCGUAGCGUCCACCACUGUGAAGCCGUUUCAGCGGCACGUCAUUCUUGAAUCGACAGUGGAUACAGGUAAGCAGUGUGUGCUUUCAGGUGGAUGGGCUUGGCAUGGUGGUUAA